AUGAGAUUGUUGCCACUGAGCCGCGAUGGCUAUGGCCCAUGUUCUGCGAUUUUAACCAUUAGCAACGCAUCCUGUGAGAAGCAUAACAAUUCAAGACUUGGGCUACGGUCUCAAAUUUCCAAACCUCCUCCGGAACCAAAAUGGCAAAGCUCUCGUGCCUCGAAUUUCAUCAAGUCUUCAUGUAGUACCACUAAAUACCCAGCCCUUUGCAUCCAGUCUCUGGCCGCGUUCGCCCCUUCCAUCCAGCAGAGCCCGCGGCAACUGGCUCAGACAGCCCUGUCGGUGAGCCUGGACAGGGCGAGGGCCACACAGGCAUUCGUCUCCAAGAUGAAGAAAUUCAAGGGGCUUAAGAAGAGGGAAUACGAAGCAAUCAAUGAUUGCAGUGAAGAGAUGAAUGAAGGCGUGGACAGGCUGAGCAAAUCUGUGAAAGAGCUGAAGCACAUGGGGCAAGCCAAUGGUCAAGAUUUCUUGUGGCACAUCAGCAACGUGGAGACGUGGGUUAGUGCUGCACUGACAGAUGAGAACACUUGCUUUGAUGGGUUUGCAGGGAAGGGUUUGGAUGGUAAGGUUAAGGCCUCCAUUAGAGGUCGUGUGAUCAAUGUUGCUCAGGUCACCAGCAAUGCUUUGUCUUUGGUUAACCAGUUUGCAUCCAAGCAGUAAAGUUGGGAAAGAGUAAAAGUUGGUCCAGCAGUGUCAGUUUUGUCAUGUGGUUUGGCCUUGAAUCCCGUUUUCAAAUGUAACAAUAUGAAAUAUGAAUGAAGUUUUUCUUAGCAAAAGCAUUGGUUUCU